AUGUCUGAACAAGUACCAACUGUUGAAUGCUCAUCUGCAAGUCCACUGGUAGAGAUUGAAGUUGAUGGUAUUACUGGUAUAGAAGAAUUUAAUGCUAUAGAGUGUGAUAGUAAUGAUGGGAAUAAUGAAGUUGAUGGUAUUAUUGGUGGAGAAGAAAACCCAAGUGCCCCUAUAGAUCCCCAAAAAUAUGCAUACCAAAGGAAGCCUAGGAAGAAAACUUCUGCAGUUUGGAAAGAUUUUAAAAUAGUGGAGAAGAAUGGUGUCAAGAAGGCUGAGUGUAACUUUUGCAAAGAUCUCUUGUCUAUUUCUUCAUCAGGUUCUACAACUCACUUUCAUAGGCACUUGACUAGUUGUCUUCCACACAUAGCUGCUUCUAAGAGACAAAAGGUUUUGAUUAUUGACAUGAAGAGUUCUGAAUGUGUGAAUCUUGUAAAAAAUUUCUCGUAUGAUAUGAAAAAGGUAAGAGAACUAGCUUCUCACAUGAUACUUUAUCACGAGUAUCCUUUUUCCAUGAUGGAACAUGUGGUGUUUAAUAAAUUUAUGAGAGCUAAUACUCCUUAUUGGCAAAAAAUAAGUCGUACUACAGCUAGAAAUGAUUGUCAAUCCACUUAUGAGAUUGAGAAAAAGAAGUUGAAGACAAUAUUGAGAGGUGUGAAUAAAGUCAGUAUAACAACCGACAUGUGGACUUCAGGUCAAAAGAUCUCAUAUAUGGUUAUUACCUGUCAUUUUGUUGAUCCUAAUUGGCAUUUACAAAAAAGAGUCUUAAAUUUUUGUAAUGUCCCACCACCACACAACAGGGUUAUUAUUGCUGAUGCUCUUCAAAAGUGUUUCAUUGAUUGGGGAAUUGAGAACAAAGUAUCUACAAUAACAGUGGACAAUGCUAGAUAUAAUGAUGUAGCUUUAAGGGUUCUCAAAGAUGUUUUCAGUUUGAAAAAGAAGUUAUCUAUCGGGGGGCAGCUUUUUCAUGUGCGUUGUUGCGCACAUAUAACAAAUUUAUUGGUCAAAGAUGGACUAAGUGAGAUUGGUGAAAUUGUCGACUGUGUUCGAGAAGGGGUGAAGUACUUGGUUGCAUCAGAAGCUCGUAUCAAGCAGUUUAGUGAUAUUGCAAAACAAUUGCAAUUACCAAGCAAGAAACUUUUUUUGGAUGUUCCUACCAGAUGGAAUAGCACUUAUCUAAUGCUAGCUGUAGCCUUAGAGUUUAGGGAAGUCUUUCCGAGAUAUGGAGAUAGAGAUCAAGGCUUUAAUUAUGUUCCAAGUGUUGAGGAUUGGACCAAAGUGGAAAAUGUCUGUCAAAUUUUGGCAGUUUUUAAUGAGGUUACAAACAUUAUCUCAGGAACUGAGUAUCCAACUACUAACUUAUUCCUUCCUGAGGUAUGGAGAAUAAAAGAGGUGUUGAACAAGAAGUCUCUUGACCUAAAUGAUUACAUACGAGCAAUGGUUGUGAAGAUGAAUACAAAAUUUGAUAAAUAUUGGGGGAAUGUAAUUUGCUUAUGGCAGUGGCUGCUGUUUUGGAUCCAAGAACCCGAAGCCACUAAAAACAUAGACACCAUCUUGAGAAUCUUAUAUGAGCUGUAUGAUGAGUAUGCUGAAGAUUAUAAUUUAGCUAAUGUGGAGUCGAGUGGACAUGAAAAUGCUCGAGACAUAGGUUCUUCUUGUAGUGGCUCUAUCAAUGUUGUGGGGAAGAAUGUGAUGAGUGGCAAGUCUAUAUUUGAAUCAUUCGUUAGAAAGAAUGAUACCAUUCGUCCAGUGAAAUCUGAUUUGGAUGUUUAUUUAGAGGAAUGUGUCUAUAUUUGUAGUGAGGAUUCAGAUUUACAUUUUGAUGCCUUGGAGUGGUGGAAGGUUAAUGAUCUAAAAUACCGCAUUUUAUCUAAGAUGGCACGUGAUAUUUUGUCAAUUCCAAUUACUACAGUGGCUUCAGAAUCUACAUUUAGUGCUGGUGGUAGAGUAAUUGAUCCUUAUCGCGCAUCAAUGUCUGUUGAAACAGUAGAAAUGUUAUUAUUUGGGGCUGACUGGGUUUAG